ACAACGUUUCCUGUGACGUAAAAAGAACCCGUUUUCUGAUUGGCUCGUUUUUUUGUGUAGCUUUUUGAAAGUCUUUGUGAAGGAGGAAAAGUUUCUGUGGAAAAAGACAUGGCUCCCAGGAAGAGGAAAACCAAACCGCGGAAGAACAACGCGAAGGCCGCGAAGCUGGAAGCCUUUCUGCAGGAUUUUAACAGCGAAGUGGAGACCCGGGUCCGACAGAUGAGGGAGGACCUGAACCAGCUGCUGAACCACGUGGACAGCUCCUACAACCUGGCUUUAUUCAAAAUGCCCAAAGCUGUGAGACAGAACAUCUGGCUGGACCUCCUCAAACCUGAGGAGCCGAAGACUCUGGAGCUGGACGACGUGAAGCAGAGACAAGAGGACGAUGUCAUCAUGACGAGAGCCGGGGCUGAAGACCAGGUCCUGCAGAAGACCGUCAGCAAAC